AUGAACAAGGACUUGCGGAAAGCCUUGGAGCAUCGGUUUUUGCUGGAUCAAGCUGCCGACAAGGGCUGGCCGUGCCUGCGGGAGGUCUUGACCCAAAUCCGGAGGCCACCCAACAAGCGGAGGCUUCGCACGCUCUCCGUGACGGAGGCGGCCGCGUCCGUGGAUGGGGCCUACGUGAAGCUGCUGCGCGCACGCUUGGAGCGGGCGUCAAAGGCUGCAGAGUUCGCGCUUCGGACAUGUCCGGCAGACCGUGCUGGCCACUGUCGCCUGCGCAAGAUGCCAGCUGCAGCAAAUCACCGGUCGAGGUGCAACCGGUGUAGACUCAUAUGCAAGGCCCGCCCGGCACAAUGA